AUGCAGUAUUGUACGGAAUGCAAUCAAAUUUUCUUGAAGUAGUUGAGGAGUUUAUUGCAUUCGCACUUGAAUCAAAUCAGAUGUCCAUUUUUAAAGUGUAAAAAUCUCAAAUUUAAACACUCAGACGAAGUUGGGUGGGAUUUGUACGCGGACGGUUUCGUUCCCAAUUAUUAUAAUUGGACUUCUCAUGGUGAACCUUUGGAUCCAUCUGUUUUACCACAAACGGUAGGUUCGUCUCGUAACGUCCUUGCAGAGAUGAGUGCGUGGGGAGACCCUACUGAAAUGAGAUGGGUGCAACGUAUGGUAUAUGACACAUACGAUGCAUCGAUGUCUCAGUUCAACCCCCCACAACCAUCUAACGAUCCUCCUGAAGCCUCGACCUCAUAUCAACCAGAUGAGGAUGAAAAUCCGAUAUUUUAUCAACCUUAUGUGGAUGAAGGUUUAGCUGAGAGAUUUCAAGGUGUUUUAAAAGCAGUCGAUGAACCCCUGUAUGAUGAUUGUGAGGGAUACUCUCAGCUAUCCGCCGUUACAGAGUUUAUGAACAUAAAAGCUGAAUACAGUCUCCCUGAAACUUGCAUGACUAGAGUCUUGCAGUCAGUAGGCGGGAUGCUACCACGUGAUCAUAACCUCCCUGAUUCAUAUUACCACAUGAAACAAUUAAUGUCUAAGUUGGGACUACCUUAUAUAGAAAUUGAUGCGUGCCCGGAAGGAUGUAUGUUGUUCUGGAAGGAUGAUGAGGCACUUGAAUUCUGCAAGUUCUGUGGUGGAAACAGAUACAAACAUGUUCUUCAAAGUAAAAAGAAACCACGAAAUAGGUCGGCAUUAUCUAAACUGUAUUACCUCCCAAUAGCUCCACGACUUCAGAGGAUGUACGCUUGGACUGCUACUGUGAAACACAUGACAUGACAUGUUGAGCACGAAACCAAAGUGGGUAUGAUGUCUCACCCUUCGGACUGUGAAGCUUGGAGACACUUUGACCGUUGUCAUCCUCAGUUUGCAAUGGAGCCACGAAAUGUGCGACUGGGAUUGUGUUCAGACGGAUUAUCUUCAUUUGGAAGGUUUGGGAAGAACUAAUCAUGUUGGCCGGUCAUGUUAACUCCUUACAAUCUCCCUCCCGACAUGUGCAUGAAAACUCACUUUAUCUUUUUGACUUUAAUUUGUCCGGGUCCCAAUGAUCCAGGAAAAAAGAUAGACAUUUAUCUCCAACCCCUUAUCGAGGAGAUGAUAGAACUUUGAGCCAUUGGGACACCAACUUAUGAUGUUUCAAGGGAUCAAAAUUUUAUCAUGAAAGUUGCCAUCAUUUGGACCAUUAACGACUUCCCUGCCUAUGACAUGCUUUCGGGGUGGAGCACACAUGAUCUUAUGGGAUGUCCAAUAUGCAUAGAGAAAUCAGGUGCCAAUUGGCUAACUUUCAGUAAAAAACCAAGAUACUUUGAUUGUCACCGCAAGUUUCUCCCGGAAAACCACCGAUAUCGAAAGGACAAAAAGUCUUUCAUUAGAGGUAGAGUGGUACGAGCCCCCCGAGAUUGACCGGGGAAGCAAUUUUUAACCGGGUUCGACGUAUUUCUAUGGCUGUGCAAGAGCCAAAUAAGAAGCCAUAUGAGUUUUGUGAUACCCAUAAGUGGACAAAGAGGAGUAUAUUUUGGGAGUUACCAUAUUGGAAAGACCUUCUCAUUCGUCACAAUAUAGAUGUCAUGCACACUGAGAAGAACGUGUUUGACAAUAUAUUUAACACAGUGAUGGAUUUCAAAGGCAAAACUAAAGACGGUCUUGCAUCUAGAAAAGAUAUGACUAUUUGGUGUGACAGACCCGAACUUUCUGUUGAUCUAGAAUAUCAGGGUAACACUAUUUCAAAAGCAGUCUACCAAGUCACAGAAGCACAAAAGGAAUCAAUAUUACAAUGGCUUGUGUCUCUGAAGUUUCCAGAUGGCUACUGCUCCAACUUGUCCAGAUGCGUGGACAUGAACAAACUUACAACGACGUUAAGCAUGAAAACUCACGAUGCUCAUGUAAUCAUGCAAAGACUUCUCCCAAUUGCACGGAAAGAGAUGCUUCCUGAACACGUAUGGUCCUGUAUUACUGAGAUCAAUUUGUUGUUUCAGUCGAUAUGUUCCAGCGUUUUGGAUGCAACAUCCUUCCGGAGACUAGAAGAGUCUGUUCCCAUGCUGAUGUGUCAUUUGGAAAAGAUAAUGCCUCCAUCGUUUUUCAAUGGAAUGGAACAUCUUGUAAUACAUCUUCCGUAUGAGACUUUGAAUGGUGGGUCCGUCUUCUAUCGCUGGAUGUACAGAUUUGAAAGGUUAGUCACAAUUUCAUUUAUCUUUGAAUAUUUAUUUCAUAACAACAUUAAUCUGUUUACCACUUUUAUUUUACAUUGCAGAUUUCUUGGAGAGUUGAAAAAGAAAGUGACCAACAAGGCACACGUUGAGACAUCAAUUUGUCAAGUGUAUCUUCAACAAGAAAUCUCAACGUUCUCAUCUUUUUGUUUUGAGCGUGAAGUCAUCACUAGAAGAAAGAGAUCUGCCCGGAACGACGACAUUGGCGAGGAUUUAUACAAAAAUGUAGUUUCCAUUUUCAAUUACCCAGGUAGAGGUAAAGGAGUUGCGACAAACUGAUACGUCGUGGGUAGAGAAUUACAAAUUGCGCAUACUUAUAUCCUCAUGAAUUGUCCAGAAAUCUUACCGUUUUACCAUGAAUUUAGAGUGGAGUUCUCAGCAUUCCUUGAUAAUGAAAUUGAUGCAAUGGUGGACUCUAAUUUUGUACCGUGGUACAAGUAUCAGAUCAAUAGCCGUGGGAUUGUGGACCCUCUGUUAGUAUCAUUAUCGUGGGGCCUUGGUGCCUACGCCAAAGUUUGGCGGUCAUAUGUGAUAAACGGUUACACCUAUCACACAGUCAAUUACGGAUAGGGCCGACCAACAGUGAACAGUGGAUUAUGUGUCCCAACUAUCGGUUAUGAUAACUCGGAAACCAAUUUUUUUGGUAUCUUGCAUGAGAUUCUGGAAUUUGAAAUGCCGCUGCAAAUGGGUCGAUCCAACACGUGGUGUGAGAAAAAAUUCAAAGUAUAAUAUGAUUGACGUCAACCACUCUCGCGUGUAUAGGAAAAAUGAGCCUUUGAUACUCGCUCAACAAGCAGCCCAGGUUUAUUAUGCAGAAUACCCUUCAACCAGGCUGACACAGAAUCCUUGGGUGUGUGCAUGUACUGUCCGUCCGAGCAAAAUUGUAUCACAAACUCAACACAAGGAUGUUGAUUUAGAUGCUUUUCAGCAACAAUUUUGCCAAUCUCCGCCUAUUGUUGAGACGGUCAACCAUCACAUUCAGUUAAGUGAUCCAAAUGGCGGAAGUGUUGAAGUCAUGCCAGAAACGCACCUUCCAGACCUAACAACUCCAUCUGAGCGCGAAAUUGUUCAAAUGCAUGAAGAACAACAAAAUGCUCAAUAUCAGGAAGAAGAAGAAUGGAUAGAUGGUUCUGAUACAGAAGAAUAUGUUGUAUAUGUAGAAAAUAAUGAUUCUGAUAGUGACUAAUUGUGUUGUUGUAAUGAAGUAUUGUACUCCGUAUAAGAUAGGGAAAAAAGGAAAAGGUAAAAAAAGGAAUGAAAAGCAUGUGUCAAAU